AUGACCAUUCCAUCGCAUUUACUAACGAUAACUCCCCUGGCAGGGAAGACCGCCGUCGUCACCGGCGCUGGCGGUGGUAUUGGCAAAGCUAUUGCCGUCUUGUUCGCUUCCGCGGGAGCCAAUGUUGUAAUCGCUGAAAUCAACGAGGAAGCUGGCAAGCAAGCAGCGGCUGAAAUCCAAUCCUCUGGAGGCCACGCUCUGUUUGUGGCUACUGAUGUCUCCAAAUCGGCAAGCGUACAAUCGAUGGUUCAGGCGGCCCUCACGCGAUUUGGCGGACUUCAUGUUGCCGUCAACAAUGCAGCGAUGCAGUGCGAUACAACGCCUGUCUCGGAGCUGGAUGAGGACUACUGGAAUAAGAUCAUAUCAGUUAACUUCACGGGUGUCGCCCUGUGUCUGAAAUGGGAGCUCCAGGCUAUGAUCGCCCAAGGCUCCGGCGGCUCCAUCAUCAACAUGGCUUCAGCCACAAUCCGCAAGCCUGGACCCCAGAUGCCCGCGUACACGGCAGCCAAGCAUGGGGUUCUAGGUUUAACCAGAUCUGCGGCUAUGGAGAACGGAGUGCACAAAAUUCGGGUCAAUGCCCUGAGCCCGGGGGGCACCAUGACCGAACUGACGGCCACAGGGCUCGAAAAACUCGGUCUCACCGAGGCUGACAUGGCCUCGCGCAUUGGCGUGCUUGGUCGAUUCGCAAAGCCAGAGGAGAUUGCGCACGCGGCCCUGUGGCUAGCCCUGGACACGUCCUCUUAUAUAACGGGGGCUUUUAUGCCGGUAGAUGCUGGGUAUGAUCUGGUUUAG